AUGUACACAACUAAUCAGGGACUUUAUGUUUUUGUGGUUUAUUUCAUUUUACAUAACCAAAUGUGUUGCCCUAUGAAGGCCAGCUAUACAGUGGAAAUGAAUGGGCAUCCAGGACCCAGCACAGCCUUCUUCACACCCGGGAGCGGAAUGCCUGCUGCCGGAGGGGAAAUCAGCAAGUCCACCCAGAAUCUGAUCAGUGCUAUGGAGGAGGUGCCACCUGAUUGGGAGAGAGCAUCCUUCCAACAAGCCAGUCAGGCCAGCCCUGAUCUAAAGCAAAGUCUACAAAAUGGCGCCACGUUCCCUUCUUCUGGAGGAUAUGGCCAGGGGUCGCUGAUAGCUGAUGAGGAGUCCCAGGAGUUUGAUGAUUUGAUAUUUGCAUUAAAAACUGGUGCUGGUCUCAGUGUCAGUGAUAAUGAAUCUGGUCAAGGCAGCCAGGAGGGAGGCACCUUGACUGACUCCCAGAUCGUAGAACUCAGGAGAAUACCCAUCGCCGACACCCACCUCUAGUGCCUCACUAACCAUUAGAAUGAGAGUACUUGCAUAUUUGCAUUGGCUUUUGUACUAACCCUCUAUAAGUGUGUGCAGCCGUAUAAUAGGAAUCCGUGAAUUGUACUGUAUGAUUAACACAGAGGUGAUUGUUGUAUUUGGAAUAUAAAUUACUUAUCUUUUGUGCAGCCUGAAAAUUCACUGCCAUAAUGAAAGGCUGGAUCAAUUUAUAAUAUCAAUUUAUAAUCAGAUAAUAGAAUGUACAUAUUCUAAGAAUAUUAGUUGUUUUUUAAUUAUCCUAAAUGACUAACAUUGUUCAAUGAAAAUAAUCAAUAAAAGCAAUAGAAUCCA